ACUUGUUUCACUCUGUUUUGGACAAAGCUUCAAACAGAAGGCAGCCAAUGACUAACUUCUGGUUGCUAGGUGUGGCCUCUUUUCAAAUCCUACAAAGUCAGAAGCCCAAGGCUCCACUGCUAGUGUGAAGCCUUCAGAGAAGAAUCUCUCUUUAGCUCUCUGGAAGAAGGUAGAAAUAAAGAUACUUCUUUAAAAAUGGCAAUGGUAUCAGAAUUCCUCAAGCAGGCCUGGUUUAUUGACAAUGAAGAGCAAGAAUACGUUAAAACAGUGAAAUCAUUCAAAGGUGGUCCCGGGUCAUCAGUGAGUCCCUAUCCUCAAUUCAAUCCAUCAUCAGAUGUCGAUGCCUUGCACAAGGCCAUAACAGUUAAAGGUGUGGAUGAAGCAACCAUCAUUGACAUUCUAACUAAGAGAAACAAUGCACAGCGUCAACAGAUUAAAGCAGCAUACCUCCAGGAAAAGGGAAAGCCCCUGGAUGAAGCUCUGAAGAAAGCCUUUACAGGUCACCUUGAGGAAGUUGCUUUAGCUCUUCUAAAAACUCCAGCACAGUUUGAUGCUGGUGAACUCCGUGCUUCCAUGAAGGGUCUUGGAACUGAUGAAGAUACUCUGAUUGAAAUUUUGACAUCAAGAAACAACAGAGAAAUCAGAGAGAUUAGCAGAGUCUACAGAGAUGAACUGAAGAGAGAUCUGGCCAAAGAUAUUACCUCAGACACAUCUGGAGAUUUUCGGAAUGCUUUGCUUUCUCUUGCUAAGGGUGAUCGAUCUGAGGACCUUGGUGUGAAUGAAGACUUGGCUGAUACGGAUGCCAGGGCCUUGUAUGAAGCUGGAGAAAGGAGGAAGGGGACAGAUGUAAACGUGUUCACUACCAUUCUGACCACUAGAAGCUAUUCACAUCUUCGCAGAGUGUUUCAGAAAUACACCAAGUACAGUAAGCAUGACAUGAACAAAGUUCUGGACCUGGAGUUGAAAGGUGACAUUGAGAAAUGUCUCACAGCCAUCGUUAAGUGUGCCACAAGCAAACCAGCUUUCUUUGCUGAGAAGCUUCAUCAGGCUAUGAAAGGUGUUGGAACUCGCAAUAAGGCAUUGAUCAGGAUUAUGGUUUCCCGUUCUGAAAUCGACAUGAAUGAUAUCAAAGCAUACUAUCAGAAGAUGUAUGGUGUCUCUCUUUGCCAAGCCAUUCUGGAUGAAACCAAGGGAGAUUAUGAAAAAAUCCUGGUGGCUCUCUGUGGAGAAUGUUAGCUUUCUCUAAACAUUCCUUUGAUGUUCUCAAGCAUUAUGAUCAGAAGACUUCUACUAUAUCUUUUCAUUCCAUAGGCUUAAAUAGGAAAGUUUCUUUAGCAUGAUUACAGUCUAGCUGUCUGCAUUCUGAAAAAUACAGCCUAUAAAUCAUUUUUAUAUUACAAUUCUGUAUAAUAGAAAUAAGCUCAUUUUUUAAAAAAAAAUAUGUUUACCCCAAACCAUAAAACCACAUAAACAUGUUUUGCUAGUAUCAUUGCCUGAGAUAGAUACCUAUAUAGUUGAAAAUAAAAUGAUGUUAUAAGACAA